AUGGGCAACCGACGCUACAUCCAUCCAUCUCAGAAAGAAAUGAUUCUGCAGCUUUCUGAUUCUCUCUCCCCUAAGGACAUUGCAGACCUCACCGGCAUCGCAAAUCAGUCGGCAUGUAGCAGCACUCACCCGUCAUCGCUACGAGCAACAAUGUCUGACAAUAUUGUCCUCACUGUUGAUGGCAACGGCGGCGAGCUAGAAUCAUCGGCAGCGGGCAUGUUGCUGUUAGGGAAAGCGUGUGGAGGGAGCUCUCUUCUCGUGCUUGUCCUCCAUUUCGGACCAUGCCAGCCGGUUGGCGCGUUGGAACUUGUCGGAGCGGGGAGCCACCGGACUCAUGGCCAAGGCUUCACCGGUCACCUACAGCGACUUCGUCCACGAACGAAAGAAGAGACAAUACCACAUCCAAAGUUGGUCACUAGUGCCGGGCGAACGACUGCAAUCUUGUCAAUCAAGGCUAGCGCUCAUUUCCAACUUACCAUAUCGUGUCAGACCGUCGAUAAUAUCCGCUCGGCCGCAGACCUGGUAGACACGAUCAAGUACCUCGUCGGGGAACGUGCGAAGGGCCUUGACUUGGGCUGCCGUAAUGAUGGGGAAGACUUCAGCGUGCAACAGACAAGCCUCAGAGCAGGCGGUGAACGCGUCGCGGCGCCGAGAGACGGGAUGACUGAAUGCUGGACGAGGUGGUGGUCAGGAGAGAGCAAACCAAAAAAUCUGGGCGCCCGCGAAGAUAUUGUCAGGGUCUGCCCUUACGCGGGCUCCUCGGAGUCCUUUGACGACCUCUUGCCAUGGCCCAGCAGCUUGGUGGCCAGUGUCGCGCAGCACCCUUUCUCACUCUGCUCUUCGAGCUUGCUCCUGGUCAACCCAUAUCCUUGAACCUUGAGCAGCCACCAACCGCUGACUGGUCUCAUGCUCCGUAAAACCCAACUCGAAUGGAAGCUGAGCUUCCUCGAACGCUUUGCGGUCUACGCUCAUCGUGUCCAAUUGGGUAACGACCCGGAGACAUACUAUGCGCCUUCUGGCGGUGUCUUCGAUUCCCCAUUAGGUUUGAUACAGUGAGUAGGUCGCCGUCGUGGCCAUCGUGUCCCCCGAAAGGUGCAGCCCACAGGUACACCCGCGAUGCAUUCUGCCACUGCGGCUUCGUCAUGCUUCGCACUAAUAUUAAAGCACGGGAAGUCCCCAAGCGUAUGUAUUAGUCGGAAUUCUCUGGGAGAAGCUCAUGUCCGCAGAAGUUCUGCGCCUCCACUCCGACCGCUCGCGGACUUUUAUGGCUGCGU